CGAAGCCCCGCCCCUCAGUGAACGUGUCAGAGUCAGCGUGACGCAGUAAAAUCUGAGGUCUUUUUCUGCACAGCAGCGCGCAUUAACAGUCUUAUCUCCUAAUUAAACACGACAUUAUCGGUCAUGGCGCAGAGCAUGAUGCUGUACUGGGGCUCCGGUUCUCCGCCGUGCUGGAGAGUCAUGAUCGCGCUGGAGGAGAAGCUGCUGCAGGGAUACAAACACAAACUUCUGUCGUUUGACAAGAACGAACACAAGUGUGCAGAAGUGAAAGCUCUCAAUCCCAGAGCUCAGCUUCCAACUUUUAAGCACGGAGACAUCGUCGUGAACGAGUCCUUUGCCGCGUGUCUGUAUCUGGAGAGCGCGUUUAAGUCUCAAGGCACCCAGCUGAUCCCAGACGACCCGGCUGAACAAGCGCUCGUCUACCAGCGAAUGUUUGAGACCAACAACCUGCAGCAGAAAAUGUAUGACGUGGCUUUCUAUGAGAUGUAUGUUCCUGAAGGAGAGAGACAUGAAUCGACUCUGAAGAGGAAUAAAGAGAAUUUAAUCACCGAGCUCAAACUGUGGGAUGGAUACUUGGAGAAGAUGGGUAAAGGCUCGUACCUCGCUGGAAAGAACUUCACCAUGGCUGAUGUGGUUUGUUUCCCCAUCAUCGCGUAUUUCCCACGAUUUCACUGUCCUCCAGAGCGUUGUCCCAGACUGAUGGAGUACUACGAGAUGCUGAAGGACCGUCCCAGUAUUAAAGCCAGCUGGCCUCCUCACUGGCUGGAGAAACCUAAGGGUCAAGACACGCUCAAGAACCUGUGAAGGACAUCCCGAACACACCAGCAGCAAAAAACCUUCAGUGAAUUCAGAUUUACAUUCAACUUACUGUAUUAAAUCACAACCCUUGUCUGUGAUCAGUCUCGUUCACAGUUUUGUCUGUAUUGGUCUGACAUUUAACCUCAAUCAUUUAUCUUUAACCCAGCGAGCCGCUUCAAACUAAUUUUUGAAGAUAAAGCUUGUUGUUGUUGUGUCUGUAAUGAUUAACGUUAACAUUUUCUAUUGCUGUUUGGGGCUAAUAAAGUUUUAUCCUGUUUAAUCCAAAUAAAGAACAAAUUUACCAUG